GAGGAGUGUGGAGGAGGUCAACGCGUCAAGGCGCCCUAAGGCUACCUCGGGGAGACGGAGGAAGGACAGGAGCUGGAAAACAGGCGGCACACGACGAGCAGGAGAAGGCGGAGGCAGGACAGCAGAUGGGACGGUGCCUUGGAAGGGGGCGGUGCGGUGCCGCUGAGGCCGCCUCCUUGGCUUUCCAGAGCACUGAGCGGCGGCUGCACGGCCGCCCCGCGGGCUUAGCAAGCAGCAGCCGCGCUCCGUCUCGGGUGUCUUUUCCUGCCUGGCUGUCCGAUGCUAAUGCUGCGGGCGCCCGAUCCGCGCCCUGGAGCCGGAGCGCUCAUGGCCCAGCCCGAGGGGGUGGACUUGGCCGGCUGCGGCGUGGAUGAGGAGCCCGGGCAGGCUGCGCGCUCUCGAGGGCGCAGACCCUCCGGCCGCCGCGGGUCCGCCUACAAGAUCAGCCGCCGGAGCUCGACCGAGCUGGGACUGCGGGGUUUCGACGGCGGAGGCGAAGUCCCUGCCGCGAUCCCGACGACCGGCCCGGUGGAGGAGCUGAAGGAGGUCAUGGUGCCGGCUCCGGUUUCAGGGAGCGCCCGAGCUCCCUAUGCCGCUCCGGCCACGGGAUCUGUGGGCAGCGAGAGUCCUCCCGAAGUUGUCGCGUCGCACCCGUUACUCUCGCCUGCGGAGAGCCGCCACGAUCGCGACCACUGGGAACAAGAGGAGAACGAAGAAGCGGAGACCCGCGCAGUGGCCACGUCCCCCGACGGCCGCUUCCUCAAGUUCGACAUCGAGAUCGGCCGCGGCUCCUUCAAGACUGUCUACAAAGGGCUGGACACUGAGACCACGGUCGAGGUGGCUUGGUGCGAGCUGCAGACACGGAAGCUGUCCAAGGUGGAGCGGCAGCGCUUCAGCGAGGAGGUGGAAAUGCUGAAGGGGCUCCAGCACCCUAAUAUCGUCCGCUUCUAUGACUCAUGGAAGUCUUCUAUCAAGGGACAAAUCUGCAUUGUGCUGGUCACAGAACUUAUGACCUCAGGCACCCUCAAAACGUACCUGAAGCGCUUCAAGGAGAUGAAGCUGAAGGUUCUUCAGCGUUGGAGCAGGCAGAUCCUGCGGGGGCUGCAUUUUCUGCACACACGCUCCCCUCCAAUCAUCCAUCGUGACCUGAAAUGUGACAAUGUCUUCAUCACAGGUCCCACUGGGUCAGUCAAGAUUGGGGACCUUGGUCUGGCCACACUGAAACGAGCAUCGUUUGCCAAGAGUGUCAUAGGAACCCCAGAAUUCAUGGCUCCAGAGAUGUAUGAGGAGAAGUAUGAUGAAGCUGUGGAUGUCUAUGCCUUUGGCAUGUGCAUGCUGGAAAUGGCAACCUCAGAGUACCCCUACUCAGAAUGCCAGAAUGCAGCUCAGAUUUAUCGCAAGGUCACCUCGGGCAUGAAGCCCAACAGUUUCUACAAAGUGAAGGUGCCUGAACUGAAGGAGAUCAUUGAAGGAUGCAUCCGGAUGAACAAGAAUGAGAGAUACACCAUCCAGGAUCUUCUGGAUCACUCCUUCUUCCAGGAGGACACAGGGGUCCAUGUGGAGCUGGCUGAAGAGGAUGAUGGAGUAAAGUCCAACCUGAAGCUCUGGCUACGGAUGGAUGACACAAAAAAGCUACAUGGGAAAUAUAAGGACAACAAUGCCUUGGAAUUCCAUUUUGAGCUCUAUAAGGAUGUCGCUGAAGAGGUUGCUCAGGAAAUGGUGAUCUUGGGCUUUGUGUGUGAGGCAGACUACAAGCUGGUGGCCAAAGCAGUGCGCGAGCGUGUCCUUGCCAUCAAGCGCCAGCGUGAGAAGGCCAAGAGGGUCCAAGAGGAGCAGAAGCGACAUGAACAGGCCCCAACAUCACCUCCUGAUAUCUUGAGGCUGCUGGACCUGGAUUCCCCACCACCCCUCAGCCCAGCCCAGCCCUCUGCACCUGCCACCCCUGGAUCUGGAGACUCGGCACUUGGUCCAACCUUUCCGCCAGAGCCAGAGGAACCUGAGGUCGACCAGCACCAGCCCUUCCUCUAUCGACAUGGCUAUUCUUCUGCCACAUCUGACUGUGAGACUGAUGGAUACCUGAGUUCCUCUGGAUUUGUGGAUUUGCCUGAUGUGCCUCAGAGUCUCCCCAGCCCCCCAGCUGCCCCUGAGCCUUCCUUUGCUUCAAGCAUUGCUGUGAGCCUGAACCCUUUGAACCCUAUCUCCACCAGUGACUUCUCUUCCCCUGUGGACAGCUACACAUCAGAUGUGGCAUCCGGGUUGAGUGACGGCAACGAGGGCUUCCCUACAGGUGAACGUAGAGCGAAGCCACUGGCCAAGCGGGGAUCCGGAAAGCUACUGCGUCGCCGUGCCCGAUCUCGCCUGCGCAUUACAAAUAUCUCAGACCAAAAUGACCGGGUGGUUGAGUGCCAGCUGCAGACUCAUAAUAACAAGAUGGUGACCUUCAAAUUUGAUUUGGAUGGAGACAGCCCAGAGGAGAUUGCAGCCGUUAUGAUUGCCAAGGAGUUCAUCUUGAAAUCCGAGCAAGAUGGAUUCAUCCGACGAAUACGUGAUAUUGUCCAUCGUGUGGAGACCCUAUUGCGCAAAGAUGGGUGUAACAAAGACCAGGGGGCCCUGGUUAGCCCUGAGGCACAGUGUCUGUCUCCUACUUCAGCUGCUGACAGACUCUCAGGUGAACUGCCACUACAAGGCUUCUCACGUUCCAUCUCUUCAUCCUCAUCUCUUAGUGAUCUUGGUUGCUUCAGCCCUGGACAGUCUGUGCUGUCCCCUCUCCAGGCUUCUUUGGUGGGUGCCACCUCUGAGAGUGAGCCCAUUAGCCCCAUGGUUCCCCCACAAAGCCCCCAGGUCUUUGGGUUUCCUUCAAUUUCAGCAGUGUCCACAGGAGUCCCCAGUGUGCCUGUACAGACUUGGCCCUCUUAUCACAUGGUGCCAACUCCUCCGUACCUUCUUCCCAUCCCCCAGCCCAUCCCGACACCUAGUCCCCUCCUCCCUCCAUUGUCCCUUACCCCACCCACUGCCCCACCUAUCAGCAGUGCCAUGCAGGCCCCCGCUGUCCCCCUCUGGACCUCUUCCGCUUCCCCACUGCUCUCUCUUGCCAAUGUCUUCUCACUGGCUGUGAUGAGUGUCGCCCACUCACUUCUGCCAGCAGUGUCUGUAGUGCCUGCCCAGACCGGGCCACUCUACACCUCACCCGUCCCACAGUCACCAGUGCUUUGCCCACCUAGCUCCACUGCUACACGUUUCGUCUAUCCUGAGGUGGUGUUUCCCACCAAACAGGCCCAACAGGCCAAUGGGAUACUUGAGCCGCCAGUAUCUCCAUACUGUCUGCUCUCUCCAAGUACCACAUCUGCUGUGAAGCCUGAAAACAGCAUGGCCCCUCCUGCCUCUCUGCGACCUGGGUCUCAGCUAACAGUGUCAGAUUUGUCCACCUCUGACUGCUCUCUUGCCCGGCUGUCACCCAUCAAUGAAGAGCCCAAGCCGCAGAUCCUGGGGCGCUUCCAAGUGACACCAACGCGGGACGUGCCCCUUGAAAAACCCCUCAAGGGCCCUGGGCCCAGCUCCCCCAGCACUUCCGAGUCUGACAGCGGGUCUCCUGGUGGAACGCCAGUGCAGGACGCCGAGGAUGGCACCACGCCUGUGGCGGAAGGGGAAGGCGAAGGGGAGGCCCAGUUCAUCUCCUCCAUUUGGUUGCACAGCACCUCUUACCCUAGCAGUGAUGACACCGACAGUGCUGAGGAUGACGAGGUCUGGGAGGAGCUGCAGAUCUUGCGCCAAAAGCACCUCUCGGAAGUCCAUAUACUCCAGGCCCAGCAGAAGCAAGAGAUUGAGGAACUCUACAGUCGCCUGGGCAAGGUGCCGCCUGCUGGGAUCGUGUCGCCCGCUGCCAUGCUCUCCAGCCGCCAGCGCCGCCUCUCCAAAGGCAGCUUCAACCCCUCCUUGCGGCGCAGCAGUUUGCAGCGCCUGGACUCGGGACAGCCUCAAGGGAUCAUGAGGAGGAAUUCUGUAAGUGGGGGUAGCAGCAGCACUUCUCAGGAGCAGCGGCAAAGCAAGGGUGUGACGUUUGCUGGCGACAUUGGAUGCAUGUAGCCAUUUGACUACCUUGUAGACACUUGUGGACUACCUCAGCCUGUUGCCUACUGUCCAAGUAUGAGAGGACAUGGCCAAGGACCCUGCUACUGAGCAAAUCUGCCUUUGCUGGGAUGAGGGUGCAACAGCUGCUUUAUACUCCAAGGCUAACUACCACCCCACAAUGUGGCAGAGAUGUCCUGAUGGGAGGAACAGAACCUGGAAGUAGCAGAACUGUGCCUGGGAAACACAUCCACGCCGGAUACAUAAGGAUGAUAGCGCCCCAAAGCUACAAGCCGCUUCUCUUCUCUACAGACUUUGGAUCUGCACAAAGAAGCCAAGACCCUGUUUGCACAAAUGUGUGCCUUCAUUGCUGUUCCCAUGUCUCAAAGGAGUGCUACUAUAAUAGUAGCAGCACAUCCUCUGGUCUAUAGAAACUCUUGUGCUGUGGAGUCUUCAUUCUCCAAGCCAGAUUGGAGUAAUUUGUCCCAGUCAGGGGGGCGGGGGGAAGGGCCUGGUCUGUAUAGGUGUCAUCUGCUCCUCCGUGCCUUGCAUGGCUUAAUUCACAAAGCUGCCCCAAGGCCAAAGCUCUUUGACAUUUUUAAAUAGCUGCCUUAAAGAGGAACAUUCCGAAUGUGCACCUCAGUAUUCAAGGGAUUGGGGCACCUCCUUGCUUCCCUUGCCUUAGCUCCUGACAGCAAUGACACUAAACCAGGUCUCCUUUUGCACUUUUUAAAAAACUUUGCUAUGAUUGGAUAUGAACUGCUUGAGGUCCAUCCCUUUACUUGCAUGGGAAUCUGCACUUUGGAAUGAAGCGCUGAUGCUUUUACCCUUGUGUAUGAUAUUUCUGUGUUGUUGUUUUUUAAAUAAAAAUACAGGUUUUGGAGGGGAAACAUCCAUUA